UCUAUGGUUUUGCCUGACUGUGAAAAGAGGUUAUCUUAUUGAUCUGUCUUAACCUAAAAAUUUAUUUUCGCAGUUCUAGAUUUGUUAUCAAUUUAUCUUUUAUAUAAGAGAAAAGCAAAUCUUUCAAUCUACAUAAAGUGUAAAUAGUUCAACCGUUUAAAGAUUGGAAGCUGAGAUCUCAGUAUUAUCAUCUUUAGUGAUUCUUCCUUCUUUCAUCAUCAAUACUUGACUAUUGAAAAUGCCUGUGAUUAAUAAGGUGCCGCUUAUUGGAGUCAUUGAUGAAGGGACUCGCACAGUUCGUUUUGUGCUUUUCUCAUCGGACACAAUGGAGGAGGUUCUUUCGCAUCAGAUUGACAUAAAUUUGAAACAUCCACUGGAAGGGUGGGUGGAGCAGGAUCCGUUGGAAAUAAUCGGCACAGUGCGGACGUGCAUCAACGAGGUAAUUUCCAAGCUGCCUGCCAAGGACCUGUCAGUCAGUGAUAUCAAAGCAGUCGGCAUAACCAAUCAGAGAGAGAGCACCGUAGUGUGGGAUCGAUUAACUGGCGAAACACUUUACAAUGCGAUUGUUUGGUCAGACAUACGGACAGCACCAACAGUUGAUCACCUCCUCGCCAAAGUUCCUGACAAUGAUAAUAAUUAUUUGAAAAAUCUUUGUGGUCUUCCUAUUUCGCCAUACUUCAGUGCUCUUAAACUUCGCUGGCUAAUCGACAAUAUUCCAGCUGUUAAAAAAGCCAUCCUUGAGCAGAGAUGUUGUUUCGGAACAAUCGAUUCCUGGAUACUUUGGAAUAUAACAGGUGGCAGAGAGGGAGGUGUUCAUGCCACUGAUGUGACCAAUGCUUCUCGAACAAUGUUGAUGAACAUCGACACGUUGCAUUGGGAUCCAUUCCUUUGUAAAUUUUUCAACAUACCUCCUGAAAUCCUGCCGGAAAUUAGAAGCUCGUCAGAAAUUUAUGGUCACAUCAAAGAUCCAGCUUUAGGAGGAAUUCCAGUUUCGGGGAUAAUUGGAAACCAACAAGCAGCCCUUGUCGGUCAGGGAUGCCUAUCAGAAGGCCAGGCCAAAAGUACUUACAGGAGUGGAUGUUUCCUGCUCUAUAACACUGGCUCCAAUAAAGUGUUCUCGACUCACGGCCUGGUGACGACGGUGGCUUAUCAGCUGGGACCGAAAAAGAGUGCCGUCUACGCGCUGGAGGGGUCGGUGGCGGUGGGAGGUGCUGCCAUCAAGUGGCUAAGGGACAAACUAAACAUGCUGGACGACAUCUCUGAGACAGAGUCACUUGCCGAGGAGGUCAUGACCACUGGCGAUGUCUACUUUGUGCCGGCCUUCUCCGGUCUCUUCGCGCCCUACUGGAGGAAAGAUGCUAGGGGUAUACUGUGCGGUCUGACACAGUUCACAAAGAAAGGACACAUUAUAAGAGCCGCUCUGGAAUCAGUGUGCUUCCAGACUCGAGACAUUCUGGAAGCGAUGCACAAGGACUGCGGAUAUCCACUCACUAAGCUGCAGGUUGAUGGCAAGAUGACCGCCAACUCUCUGCUCACCCAACUGCAGGCCGAUCUUUGUGGGAUUCCUGUCGUAAGGUCGAAAGCGAACGACGUGACGUCACUGGGUGCUGCGCUGGUGGCGGGGCAGGCAGCCGGAGUGCAAGUGGUCGAUCUGGCCAAAGAGGACUUCCUUGCUAAUCUCGGCCAGAUGUUCCUUCCAAUGUCAACCGCUGAAGAACGAGAUAUCCGGUACCAGAAAUGGAAAAUGGCUGUUCAGAGGAGUAUAGGUUGGGCAACAACAAAGAAAUCAGUUGCCAUGACAGACGAACGCUAUCGGCUACUUGCAUCCAUACCGGGGAGCCUCUUUAUCAUAUCGUCAUUUUUACUUCUAGUUAUUUCAAAAGACUACUAAUAAAUAGUUAUUGUUUUGUAUAUUGAGGUAAGAUAGUUGCAGUACGGCAUUCCACUGUCAAUGACGUUUGUUGCCUUAUAGUUUGUAUUAUUUGUCCAGUCACUGGCGUUUAUACGUUGAUACCGUAGCGUUAUUCGUUUUAACUUAGUAUAGCAAUCAAAUUGUGAACGUUGAACGGGGAACGUGGUUAUAAUUGUAUGCCAAUUCUUUCUGUGAUAAACCAGGUGAUGGUAUUUUUUAUCGUGAACAAGGUGAUGUAAGGUAAUAUUCUUUAAAAUUGGGUUUUAAGCUUUAAUAACUUAUUGUUGUUAUUAUAAUAUUAUAUUAUUUUAUCGGAAGCACAGAUUUUCUUCAAUAAUAAUAAUUGUUACUUUCAAAGUAUUACAUGUUCUAUGUCGGGUGUCAUAUUUGGCUGUUUACUUAAUAUUUCUAAUGAGUAAUUAUUCUAAGUCACUAAACUAAAAAAAGUAAAUUUUGAAAAGUAUUGGAAAUUAUACUAGGCAGAUUCUUAAUUAUGUGCAUUUGAUGUACAAACUCUAUCUUAUGUGUAAUCUUAUGUACGUACGAACUACUUAAUGGGGGGUUUCUAUAGUACAAAUAAUUAAAAAUACCGGUGAUUUAUUUGCUUUCUUAUUUAAAUAGGCUAUAUUUUUAGUGGGGCUUUUAAAGUUUCUUCUGGACAUUUCCCAAUUACUAUUUGUAUCUAUGAUUUCUUAUUAGUUUUCAAGUGUAAUUUGUCAUACCGUUCUAGUAGUUUACUAUAAAUAUUUUUAUGCUGAUCGUAAUAAUGGCUGAAUUUAAGCAAACUCAAUAAAUUUUCUGUUAUUUUCAUGUUAA